AUGAUUGAAAACGGUCCAGGAGAAUUCGAUUUCAAUAGGGCACAGCUAAAGGAAGUCCUCCGCAUGGGUGCUGGUAUAUUCCUUGAAGAAUGUUCACUGUUAGAGAUUUCUUUACCUUGCAUGGUGUACGGAGACACGCACGGUCAAUAUUCUGAUCUUCUACGGUGGUUCAAUCUGAACGGAUGGCCCCACGAAACCCGGUGCGUCUUCCUUGGAGAUUUCGUUGACCGAGGCUCACAUGGCGUUGAACUCUUCGCUCUACUCACGUGUCUUAAGGUAGAGCUUUCACAGUCGAUGUAG